AUGCUAUGUGUAGUACUAUUUACUACCUUUAACAUAGUACAGACUUUAGCCUUUCGUACGUAUCCACGUCGUAGUCUAGCGGGUAUUCAUCAUACAAUCAAGUACGCUCCAAAAGUGGUUGAGCAACCAGUGGACAAGAACGCAUUGGAUUCAUAUGAUUCAUAUGAUUCAUAUGAUUUACGUGACUCGGAUGAAGCUAGUAUCGAGUUAAAGGAUUCCGAGGAAAUUGAGAUGGAGAGUUCCAAAGAUUUGAAUCUAGAUGUCGAUGGUUCAGUUGAUGCAAAAGUGAUGCUAGAAGAUGGUGAAGACAUGGAAUAUAGCGCUGAUGGUAACCAGGAAGUGGACAUUACGUCCUUAACGAACGUCGACUUUUCUGCCGAAGCCACUCUUGACUGUAAUGAAAAGCUGAAUUCACUUCUUGAUUUUGAAAGUGGCUCGUUGGACAUUAUGUUAGACGAUGAUGAGAGCUAUACCCAGGAUCUGGAGUUAGAAGAUGACGAGGACGUUGAUGAAAUCAUUGAAAUACCCGAGGGAGCCAAGUUGAUACGCUUGCGGGUGCACAAGGGCAAUGUGGACCUCGAUAUCAUCAAAAGUGACAAGAUGGACGUCACGGAGACGAAUAACAAGGAGCAGCCUAACGAGGCACAGAAGAAGAAGAAGACCGAGAAGACACACAAGGAAGAGGAACCACACAAGGAGAAGGUGGAGGCCGUUUCUACGGAAUCCAAGGAGCAGUCCGUGUCUUAUGCUGCCAAGGCCAAGGACUGGCUUCAUAUUGAUGUCACCAAGUCCGCCUACAUUGGCAGCAUCAUCGGUGCAGCGGUGGGCAUCGUCGGCGUGGUUGGCGUGGCCAUUGCCAAGAAGCGUGCUUCGGCAAAGUCCGAAGCGACCCUGUCCGAGAACGUGGCUACUGAUGUUGCAGCUGGUGAUAAUGCGGACGACGACAACGCCAUGUCCGAAUCACUAUCUGAGUCGGAAAGCGACGAGGAUGUCGAAGCCGGCGUGACGGUGGUCGCAGAGGAGGACGCCGUGGAGGAGAAGAAGAAGAGCGUCGUGGAAGGUUCGGUAUAA